CAGUCUGCCACGACUCUCGUCCUUUAUCUGGAUUUGAACUUGGUUGCUUUCCAGCAUAUAUAUAUUCAUGUUACAUGGACUUGAAUAUAUGUGUCCAGCAUGCCAUUUUUCAGUACUUUGUACUUGAUGUGCAAAGUAAAUGUAGACUUCAAGUUAGUAAAAGAUGCAUAAUGUCAUGUACAAGCUUGGCUUUCUUUUCUUUAGAAUAUUUAUUAAAUACCUUUUACAUUUGUGUGAAGCCAAAGUGAUUCCUUCCCCUAUCAGAAUGCUUACUGAUAAACUAGUCCAAGAGAUUCUUUUCAUUUCAUUGGAGAAAAAGCUACAAGCUGUCAAUGUUGUCUGGAUAAAGAAUGGAACAAUCAUGGCUUUAUAUACAUAUAUGCAUUCAGUAUUGAAAUCACAAAAGGGAUUUGAUUCAAUAAAGUUUCUCUCCUUUGCUUUUGUUUAAGCUAAACUUGUCAGGCCAUGGCUUCAGGGGCAGGCAAAUCAGCAGCCUUUAUGCUUUUGGUCCUUAAUGUUUUCCUUUACUUCAUUGUUGCUGUAAUUUCUGGCUGGGCUGUCAAUCAUGCCAUAGAGAGAUCCGAAGCAACAGCAUCAAGUCUGUCAAUCCCAGCUAAGAUCUUUCCUAUAUACUUUCCUUUUGGAAAUAUGGCAACUGGUUUUCUCAUCAUAUUUUCACUUAUUGCUGGAGUUGUUGGCUUCAUUUCCUCACUCACUGGAAUUCACAAUGUGAUACAAUGGAAUGCACCAAACUUAUAUGCAGCUGCUUUCUCUUCUCUCACCACUUGGCUACUCACUUUACUUGCUAUGGGGUUGGCUUGUAAGGAGAUUAAUAUGGGGUGGAGUGACUCAAACUUGAGGACCUUGGAGACCAUGUUGAUAAUAUUAGGUGGUACACAAAUGUUUUGCACUGUUGCAAUUCAUGCUGGAAUUGAAGAUGUUAUUAGAAGAGAGUUUUAAGAAAGAGGAAGAAUUUGAGAAUUUUCACAAUUUAUUAAUGUACCAUAAAUAAUUUUUAUUUAUUUCCUAUCAUUUUACUAAGUUUUAAGUUUUAAUGUGUGUAUAUAAAUAUAUAUUCAAUUUUUUUUACUCUGUAAAGAUGUGAUUUGUACAGAGUUCUGUUAUUUGCUA